AAAAAUUCCAUAUUUUAUUAACGUGUAAUAUAAUAUAAUAUUUACAAUGGCAGAAUUACAAAUGAAUGAAGGAUGGAAUAGUGAUCAAGAAUUUGAAUAUCCAUUUGAUGAACAAGAAACUGUACAAGUAACCAGAAAGAAAAAUUAUAGUACAAAGACUAGAUUUAAUAAUUUUAGAAGUUCCAAAAAUGGUUCACAACAAGCAAAAUCAAAUGAUCUAAUUAUAAAUAUAGAUUCAAAGAAAGUAGGUAAACUUAUAGGCAAGGGUGGUUGCAAUAUAAAAGAAUUGCAAGAGAAAAGUAAAACAAGGAUUUAUAUAAAUCAAUCUACUACAUGUGGUGUUAGUACAGUUACUUUAAUCGGAUCUCCGGCAGCACAAAGUAAAGCUAAAGAAUUAAUUGAUGAAUUAUUAAAAGAUACUCCGCAACCUGUGAAAACUGAGCAAAAAAAGGGAACGAAAUUCAAUUUGAAUCGAAUUAACAAAAGUCAUGAUGAACCAUUCACUUAUCCACCUAUAUAUAAGAACUUUUAUCAAGAGGAUCCUGUUAUUACUCAUAUGCCUGCUGAACGUGUAGCAGAAAUAAGAGCACAAAAUAAUAAUAUUGAAGUUCAACAUGUGUUUGACGAUGAAGAAAGUAAUGUUGACAUAUGUUGCAUUCCUAAUCCUAUUGAAACAUUUGAACAAGCUUUCCAUAAUUAUCCGCAAGUUCUUGAAGAAAUAAAAAAACAAGGCUUUACAAAUCCAAGUCCUAUACAGCGUCAAGGAUGGCCAAUUCUACUUAGCGGCAAAGAUAUGAUUGGUAUAGCACAGACUGGAACAGGCAAAACAUUAGCAUUUCUUUUGCCUGCAUUAAUUCACAUUGAUGGUCAAAGGACUCCUUUUAAUGAAAGAGUUGGUCCUAAUGUUCUGAUUUUGGCACCAACUAGAGAAUUAGCAUUACAAAUAGAAAAAGAAGUAGGAAAAUAUUCGUAUCGUAAUAUUAAAGCUGUUUGUCUGUACGGUGGCGGUAAUCGACAAGAUCAAAUAGAUAUAGUAACAGAAGGUGUACAAAUAGUCAUAGCUACACCGGGAAGAUUAAAUGAUCUUGUAUUAGCAAGAGCUAUAGAUGUAAGAUCUGUUACAUAUCUUGUACUAGAUGAAGCAGACCGUAUGCUGGAUAUGGGGUUCGAACCUCAAAUAAGGAAAAGUUUAUUUGAUGUGAGAUCCGAUAGACAAACUAUAAUGACAAGUGCUACAUGGCCACCAGGUGUUAGACGCCUAGCUCGAUCAUAUAUGAAAGAUCCAAUUCAAGUAUUUGUUGGAUCAUUAAAUUUAUCAGCUGUACAUACAGUAAAACAACAUAUUCAUAUAAUCGACGAGGAAGAUAAAUUUGCUGUGUUUUAUGAAUUUAUUCGCAAUAUGGAUCCCGAAGACAAGAUUAUUGCUUUUUUUUCUAAAAAAGCAAGAGUAGACGAUGUAUCGAGCGACCUAUCUCUCUCGUAUGUUAAAAAUGAAAGUAUUCAUGGUGGAAGAGAUCAAGAAGACAGAGAACAAGCCAUAGAAGAUUUAAAAAAUGGCUCGGUACGAAUUCUUCUUGCAACAGACGUUGUUAGCCGAGGUAUUGACAUCGAGGAUAUAACGUAUGUUUUAUUAUUUAUUCUUCCACUUUUUCUAACAUAUUUUUCUAAGAUUUCUUUUAUAUAUAUAUAUAUAUAUAUAUAUAUGUGUGUGUGUGUUUAUAGGCAUGUCUUCAAUUAUGAUUUUCCACGUGAUAUAGAAGAAUAUGUCCAUCGAGUUGGACGUACAGGUCGCGCUGGUAAAACCGGCGAAAGCAUAACGUUAAUGACCAAAAAUGACUGGUCACAUUCCAAAGAACUUAUCAGUAUUUUAGAAGAGGCUAAUCAAAUGGUGCCAGAUGAGUUAUAUAGUAUGGCCGAAAGAUACGAUGCCUGGAAAAUGAAACGGGCGGAAGAACGAGCAAAUCGUUCAAAUGGGCAAGGCUAUAAGUCUGGCUACAGUAGACAAAAUAAGUGGGGCGGAAAAUGGUAAAUUUUACCAUUAAUCAACAGAGUCUACAC